UCGGAGUUGAAGUGAAGCACUGAGCUCCUUUUCGACGCUGACCUGCUGAGGACAGAAGAGAGCUGCACACCGAGGAAGUUCAUGGCUUCAAGCUCAAUUGUACAACAACAACAACACUCAUGGGACAGGAAGUCUCUGUGUGUUUGUCUUGAUGAAGAGAAAUGACAUGUGGACUCUGCAAUGAAUCAGGGUAAAAACCGAGAGGAGGGAGUCCCUUCCUCUGAAGCCUCUCCCUGUGGGGAACAUGACAACCAGACCAAAGCUCAGAGGAUCCAUCAGAGACCUAGUGUUGGAGCUGGAUCUGAAUCUGGACCUGAACCCUGUUGUGUGACAACGAAGAGCAAUCAGUCAAAAGAUUGGUUCAAUGACUUCAAAGGUGCCCGCCAUCCUCCUGACCCGGAAAAGGUCGAGGAGAAUGUGGAGGUUCCCACACGUCAGUCUGCCCAGCAGCAACAAAAAACCCUGGACUCCAUAUUUAUGCUGCUGGAGGAGAACAUCCUCACUUUUGUGAAGAACGAGCUGAUAAAGAUCCAGAAGGUUGUGAGUUCAGAUUUCCUAGAAUGCUUUCCGAGUCAGAGGGAGGAUGAGGAAGUGCUGGAUGGUGAGGAUGAAGAACAGAGGAGCAGCAGAGAGGCACUUGGAAAGAUCUCAGUGCACUUCCUGAGGAGAAUGAUGCAGGAGGAGCUGGCUGACCGUCUGCAGAGCAGACUCCUUGCUGCAGUUUGUCAGCGUGAACUUAAAUCUAACCUGAAGAAUAAGUUCCAGUGUGUGUUUGAGGGGAUCGCUAAAGCAGGAAACCCAACCCUUCUGAAUCAGAUCUACACAGAGCUCUACAUCACAAAGGGAGGGACUGCGGAGGUCAAUAAAGAACAUGAGAUCAGACAGAUUGAAACAGCAACCAGGAAACCAGGCAGACCAGAAACAACCAUCAAACAAGAAGAACUCUUUAAAACCUCAGAUAGAGGAGAGGAAGCAAUCAGAACAGUGAUGACUAAGGGAGUGGCUGGCAUUGGGAAAACAGUCUUAACACAGAAGUUCACCCUGGACUGGGCUGAAGACAAAGACAAUAAGGACAUACAGUUCGCUUUUCCAUUCACCUUCAGAGAGCUUAAUGUGCUGAGAGAGAAGAAAUGCAGCUUGCUAGAACUUGUUCAUCUCUUCUUCAGUGAAACUAAAAAAGCAGGAAUCUGCAGGUUUGAAGAGUUCCAGGUUGUGUUCAUAUUUGACGGUCUGGAUGAGUGUCGAUUUCCUCUGGACUUUCACAACAAUGAGAUCCUGACUGAUGUCAGAGAGUCCGCCUCAGUGGAUGUGCUCCUCACAAACCUCAUCAUGGGGAAACUGCUUCCCUCGGCUCGCCUCUGGAUAACCACACGACCUGCAGCAGCCAAUCAGAUCCCUCCUGAGUGUGUUGGCAUGAUGACAGAGGUCCGAGGGUUCACUGACGCCCAGAAGGAGGAGUACUUCAGGAAGAGAUUCAGAGAUGAGGAGAAGGCCAGCAGAAUCAUCUCGCACAUCAAGACCUCACGAAGCCUGUACAUCAUGUGCCACAUCCCUGUCUUCUGCUGGAUCACAGCUACAGUUCUGGAGGAGGUGUUGAAGACCAGAGAAGGAGGAGAGCUACCCAAGACCCUGACUGAGAUGUACAUACAUUUCCUGGUGGUUCAGUUCAAAUUUAAGAAGUUCAAGUACGAUGGAGGAGAUGAGAUGGAUUCAGACCGGAGUCCAGAGAGCAGGAACAUGAUCGAGUCUCUGGGAAAACUGGCCUUUGAUCAGCUGCAGAAAGGCCACCUGAUCUUUUAUGAAUCCGACCUAACACAGUGUAGCAUCGAUAUUAUAGCGGCCUCAGUGUACUCAGGAGUGUUAACUCAGAUCUUUAGAGAGGAAAAAGGACUGUACCAGGACAAGGUUUUCUGCUUUGUCCAUCUGAGUGUUCAGGAGUUUCUGGCUGCUCUUUAUUUCCAUCUGACCUUCAUCAACUCUGGAGUCAAUCUGCUGUCAGAAGAACCAACAUCCCCGACGUGCCUUAAAGUCUUUAGCGACAAACCUAAACCAAAAUGUCUCUACCGGAGUGCUGUGGAGAAUGCCUUACAGAGUCCCAAUGGACACCUGGACUUGUUCCUCCGCUUCCUCUUGGGUCUUUCACUUGAGACCAAUCAGACUCUCCUAAGAGGUCUGCUGAAACAGACAGGAAGUCGCUUACGGAGCAAUCAGAGAACAGUCCAGUACAUCAAGCAGAAGAUCAGCGAGAAUGUGUCUCCAGAGAAAAGCAUAAAUCUGUUCCACUGUCUAAAUGAACUAAAUGAUGGUUCUCUGGUGGAAGAGAUCCGACAGUCUCUUAGUUCAGGACGUCUCUCCACAGAUGAGCUGUCUCCGGCUCAGUGGUCAGCUUUGGUCUUCAUCUUACUGUCAUCAGAAGAAGACCUGGAGGUGUUUGACCUGAAGAAAUACUCUGCUUCGGAGGAAGCUCUUCUGAGGCUGCUGCCAGUGGUCAAAGCCUCCAACAAAGCUCUACUGAGGGACUGUAACCUCUCAGAGAGAAGCUUCGAAGCUCUUUCCUCAGUUCUCAGCUCCCAGUCCUUUAGUUUGAGAGAGCUGGAUCUGAGUAACAACGACCUGAGGGAUACAGGAGUGAAGCUGCUGUCGGAUGGACUCAAGAGUCCACACUGUGAACUGGAGACUCUCAGCAUGUCAGGCUGUCUGAUCACAGAGGAAGGCUGUACUUCUCUGGCCUCAGCUCUGAGCUCCAACCCCUCCCAUCUGAGAGUGCUGGACCUGAGCUACAAUCAUCCAGGAGAAUCAGGACUGCAGCUGCUGUCUGCUGGACUGGAUAAUCCAAACUGGAGAUUGGAAACUCUCAGGGUGGAGCCUGCUGGAGUCCGAUGGUUAAGACCAGGUCUGAGGAAGUAUUCCUGUGAACUCACUUUCGACACAAACACAGUAAACAAAAAACUAAAAUUGUCUGACAACAACAGGAGGGUGACAUAUGUGAAGGAGGAUCAGUCAUAUCCUGAUCAUCCUGACAGAUUUGACAACUGCCCUCAACUGCUGUGUAGAACUGGUCUGAUUGGUCGCUGUUACUGGGAGGUCGAGUGGAGAGGAGAAGUUACUAUAUCAGUUAGUUACAGAGGAAUCAGGAGGAAAGCAGAUAAAACACACCAUUUGUUUGGAAUGAAUAAUCAAUCCUGGAGUUUGGAAGGCUCUGGUUACUAUGUCCGUCACAAUAAGAGAGAAACACCCAUUACCACCCUCUCCUCCUCCUCCACCUCUGGUAGAGUAGCAGUGUACGUGGACUGUCCUGCUGGCUCUCUGUCCUUCUUCAGAGUCUCCUCUGACACACUGAUCCACCUCCACACCUUCAACACCACAUUCACUGAAGUUCUUUAUCCUGGGUUCGGCUUCUGGUCCCGGUUUGGGUCUGGUUCCUCCGUGUCUCUGUGCUCUCUGGAGUAAGGGGAGUCUCCUCCUGGUAGAGAAGCUUUCUCUAUACUCACCAAAUAGUUCAGUCUCCACAGGAUUUCACACAGUGGAUGUAAGUUAAUGUUGCAGGUUUCCGGUAUACAGACGGUAGUCCUGGUCAUCUGCCAGGAAGGUACUCUGCUCACAAGCGCGUCCCUGUGGAUUAUGUUACUCUUGGACUGCGACGUCCGGGCUGGCCUGACCGCAAUGAUACGCGUCAGGAAGGAUGAAUGGGAAGAAGAGGCCAGGAGGGGUUGAAAAAAAGGAAAGGCAUUGGAGGAGGAUGCUGCCAAACGUGCCGAACUUACCGAUUUAUCUUUAAGAGGACAAACACAAGUGGCAACUAGUAAAGAGAGACAUCGGCCUAAUGAUUAGCAACGUAACUCUUCGGCUAGCGUUGUAGAGCUGGUUAAUGUCGUUUUCAACCUAUUCGCAAGAAAAACAUUAAAUUAAAUUUAAUUAAAAUAUUAGCCUUUUUAUCUCACACACUAUAUGGCGAUCCAUAGAAGUUGCAAAUUUUGAUAACAAAACUCAAACUUGAUCUUAAUUUUUCUUUGUAGCUUCUGAGCAGCAGAUAGCCAGUCUCCUGCCUGAAAAAGGAUGACCCCGAAAUUUGCAAUUAAGAGGCCAUGACUACAGGCACAGGUAGAGAGGAUGACAGAGUAAACAAUGUGAAUUAAAGUUAUUUAAUGUUGGAAAGAGCAGUAUAUGACAGUACUUGAUGAACCAAUAUGCAUUGUAUGCUCAGAAGUGGGUGUAGUAAAGGAGUAAAUCACCACAAUAUAAUACUCAUUAUAAUUUAUCAACCUAUCCUUGUGGAAUAGGGGAAGUGUGUGUUUGACAAGUGACUAGAGCCCCACUGAUUCAUGUUAAGAUGUUUGAGUUUAGAAUUUGGAUAUUAAAUAUAAAAUUAAAGUAUCAUCAAAGUAAUUCAAUAUAUUAAAAGUGGUAUUCCAAUAUUUAUUUUAUUUGCAUUAUUUACUAUGUACAUAUUUCUAUACUGUAAAAUACAGGGUAAAUGUAAUCUAUUUUUAUAAUUUUUUGAUAUUGAUCAACUUAGACAUUAACUAUGAAAUAAAACAUUGGCAGCAACCAUCAGACCAUGAGGCUUGUUAAUCUGAUUAUAUUAUUCAUACAGAUCUCUCCACCUCUGUCACUAUCUCCCUCUCCAUUUGCCGUCUUUUUCUCCCCAAAGAGGAUUUUUUUGGGAGUUUUUUCUUCCUGUCAGGUAGUAAACAAGCAAAGGAUGUACGACAGCCCUGCGAGGCAAACUUUCUGAUUUUGUGAGUUAAACACAAUGGUUAAGAUGUGAUGAAAUGUGAUAUUAUUUUAUAUGCCUGCUAUGUUAUGUUCACAUGAUGGCGCUAUAAGCCAAAGGUGUGAUCAUUGAAUGUACUGUAGUUUUAAGUGAAUAGGGAUUGGUCAGGUCAGAAAUUUUAGACAUAUAUAAUAACCACUGACAAAAACCAAAUGCAAGAAAUGGAAGCUGUAGGCUGCAUAGAGAUCAUAGUGAGACUGUCAAUGUAACUACCACAGUUUACAUUAGGAAUGCAUUGCUCUCCUGCACUACUGUUUUUUGAUCCCAGGGAUUAGAAGUGCUGAUAAGACUGAAGUUUUCCAUGUCAGAGAGAAAAGAUAAAUCAACUGUUACUCCAUCAGUGAUCCUGCGUCAUACACUUGGAUUGUUAUUGGGUAAUCCAAUUUUGAUGAAUUUACAAAAGGCUGAUACAACAUCACAGCUGUUGACGACGUCAUGAAACAUCUGAAAAAAAAAGUUAAUCCGCAGUUCUUCUAAGCCUGCAUGCUAGAGAGUCUCAAAAACCCUCUUCAUAGUUCCAAGGUCUUAAGCCUUCCAGACUCUGGUUUGAUGCAA